CGAAGGAAAAAUGCACACGUCCGAGCGAUGCCAAGCUAGGGCCUCCCCCCUUGGGACGGACGCCGCCCCCGGAGAGCAGGAAGGAGCCGAGGCCCAACCGGCACCCGCUUCCGAGGAACAGCAGCCCGACUCACACGUGCUGCGCACCGUCCGCCCCAGACUUGUACGAUGCCAAGUGCGCCACAUGCAAUAGUUGCAAUCACCCCACGGCAAGGCGCUGGGACGCGACGGCGAGGCAAUCCAGAAGCCAAAAUUACAAACGGCUAUGGGGGCGCCGAGGGCCACUUGUAAGGUCCGCGUGUACUUCAGGAGGGCAGGAGGAGAGGGAACGAAGCAGGAACGAGGCGGAGGAGACGGAUGCGGAGGGGAUGGAGGCGGAGGAGGCUCCCUCCAAAGCCCCUCCGCUCCUGAGGGUGCGGAGGUACUGCUCGCUCACGUCCGCGGACGGCCUCGAGGGCACCAGGCUGGGGCGCGCAGUCUGCCGGUAGAGGCUGCCCGCGGCGUCCAGCUGG